AUGCUUUUGAAAAUCCCUUUACUCGAAGAUGUUUUGAAUAAGACGACACACGCUAAAAGGCAUCAUCUCUACGAUUUUGUCGAUCGUCUUCACUUUUACAUAACCGGUAUUUUUUAGGGCUUCUCUAAAUAAACUUUGAUUGAGUUUUCAGUUGGCGCCUUGGCAUUUUUCUCGGUUUUCGUUGGAACCAAGCAACAUUUCGGGAACCCUAUCGACUGCAUCUUGCCUGCUGAACAUGAUGGUUCCCCGAAAGAAGGAAUUAUCGAGUCUUGUGAUUAUUUUGAGGAGUCGACUCUUGGAAAGGAUACAUUCUGGACUUCUGCUUCAUGUACGGGACCUACCGUUACAAUUUCAGUGCACGAUCCAACUUCCCCGAGUUCCACGGCUACAACCAAUACAGUAGCGUCAGCUAUUAUCAAGUUUACCUGUUCAAAAAGUAGAGAGAAAGUCGUUUUCCAUGGUUUCAGUGGGUACCGUAUUUUCUCGCGUUCCAAGCUUUCUGUUUCAUGCUUCCGCAUUGGUUUUGGACUUGGGUUCAGAGCAUUCUUUGUGAGUUUCUUGUUAGGAAUUGUGUUUUGAAUUUGAAAUAAAUUUGUAGAAAUCAGAAAAAAGUUUUGAGAAAAGCCCUAGCCUAGGAAAAGGUUAAGAAAGACGCAUUUAAUAAUAUUUUUCUAUGUUCAAUUAGUUAAUUUGAACUUUUCACAUAAUUUUUUUGCGAAAAAAAGAUAGAUUCAAAACAAAUUAAAAAUUAUUUUCUGAAGUGGAUUCAUUAGACCUCAAUGUACUUUUUUUUAAGUUCUGUAAGUUUUAUAAACGGUCACCAAACAAAUUAAAAAAAUUUACGUUGUCAUUCCAAAACGUCUUUUUUAAAACAAAAAGUGGUGUUCAACUUCAAAUACUUUUUUCAUUAUUCCAGGAGCUUUUUUUCCAAACUUCAUUUUUGAAAUCCCAAUAAGCUAGGUGAAUUGAGCCUUGCAAAGGCAAAAUGAUUUCAAAUCGAUUUUAAAAAAGCGAAAAGCUCGAAAAGCCAUUUUUAGAUGUCAAAAAUGAAAUUCAAAGCUCCUAAAUUAUCCGAAAAUGUUCAAAAUAACCUUUGUGGGAGUAAUAUAUAUUUUAUUGAAGACCUCGACAUGGGCGUGAUUGUGAGCGAGGCGUCGAGUCUGAACAAGCAAGAACGGCAGAAAGAAAUCAACGAGAAGAUUGAGAAAAUCGCCGAAUUCAUCCGUUCCUACUUCCAGUAUCGGAAGAUAUCAAGAGUAAAUCAGCCUGUUCCAGAGAUGGGCGAGACUAAAUUGCUUAAUUGCGCAAUGAGGAAUAAACUUUUUCUUUCGCGGAAUGCGGAAACACGGAAACUCCUAACUAGGAAACUUUUUUUUAGCCCCCCGGUUGAAAUUUUGAUAGGCUUUACUCAAGUUCACUUCUGAAACACUUUAUUCCAAGAAAGGAAAACAACUCUCACGACAGAUUUUUUUCGAUUUUCGAAACUUCAAAAUUGGCUAAAUGCGCAAAUUAGAACAGAAAAUGAUCUUUCAAGCUUUUAAGCGUCUCUUCUUGGAACCAGAUCGAUUGCGGGAGAAUUUUUCUUGUGUUGUAGUCAGGAGGUCCGAAAGUACAAUUCAGCCGAGUUUCAUCAAAAGUUCAACCGGAGGCCAAAAAACUUUCCUUGUCAGUAAAAAAGUGAACACAAUUUUUUGGAUUAUAAACGUGGCAGUUAUGUAUUUUUCUUUCUUUGAAAUUUUUCUUUUUUUUUCCUCAGUAAAACUUUGAAAAAAUAAUCAAAGUGUAUUUCUGAAAAGUCGUAAUGAAAAACGUGAAAUACGGAGAAAAUUUUUUCGCGGAACCCGGGAUUCCGCCCAUCUCUGGCGUGUUCCCUGAAUUUAUCCUGACUUUCGAGUUCUAGGGCGGGAUCCUGGCCCGAGCCCUCCGUCACUCGGCGAUCGCCUGCGUUUUCUACUUACUCACCAAAGUGCUUUUCCUCGGAAACGCCAUCAUUCAACUCGUUUUGGUUUCUAAGUUCCUCGGAUUCAACAAAGUCACCUGGGGUGUUGAGGUGAGUUGAGGGGUUUUGAGAAAAUCCUCAGUUUCCGCAGAACUUUCACGAUCGCUAUUUGAAGUUCAUUUUGAGAAAAAAGAACCCCUUUAGAGUUCAAAAUCAGCCUUGUUUUGAGUUGGAAAUUAAUAUUGAUAAAAUAGUAUUUUAAUCAGUUUGAAAGGUUCGUUACAAAGAAAAGUGUAGUAGAACUUCGAAAACUUUAGGAAGCGAAAAAUUUUCAGUUUGAUUUUUUCCUGAUUUUCAAUAGAGCACGAAAAGAUUUAAUGUCGUCUCUUCUCAAGCUCCUCCCCUAACGUGAAACAAACCAAUCAUAGAGCGGGCCAUCCACAGAGCAUUUUCGAGUGACGUCAUUUUGCUUGACGUUCAAAAUAUGAUCAGUCUACAUUUUAUAAUUUUUUUGUUAGCCAAUAUUACUCCGCAUUUCAUUUAAAUGGGAUUUUUUUUUUGGAAAUUCCUACUAUCGCUCCAUCAAAAAUUCCUCUUUCCAAUUCUUGAUCUUGAGAUGUUGCUGGAGGUGCUGUUCAGCAACCGAGAGCGCUCCUAUUCGGUUUCUCGGCCUGGAAAUCGCGAUUUGCAGACUUUUCCCUACUUUCCGAUCACGGUCGCCUGCGACUACAACAUGGUUGGUUCGAAAUUUCUCUUGAAUGUCUCAAAAAGUUCUUUUCAGUUCACAAUGGGUCACAAUGCAAUAAAAAACAGCAUUCAGUGCAUUAUCCCGCUAAAUUUUAUCAACGAGAAAAUUUUUGUGACCUUGUGGCUCUGGCUCAAUGUGGUACGUUCGAUUUCAUUCAAAAGUUUUCAACUCAUUGAAAAAGUGAAAAAAAUAUUUAAAAUAGUGCUUGUGUUCAAAAGUGAUUAUUUUUCUACGUUUUUUCCAUGGUUGUGUUGGACCUCGAGUGUCCAGGUCUAAAACCACUUCGCGUACGCAGCGCUUCAUCCUGAAAAUCUACACAUUGCGCAUUUCAAGUUGGGAAAAAAUUGACUAUAACUCUUUUUGACGAUUUCAGUGCAUCGUCCAUUAUUAGUACUUACAGGAUUUGCGUUUUCAGUUAAUUUUCCUCUCAAUUCUCAACAUUUGCACAUUCAUCUUCUCGAUAUCUCUCCAAAAACAACGAGAAGAUUUGAUCGUUUCACUCAUCAAGGCUAGUUCUUUCCUGAUAAAUUUUCUAGAUUCCUUUAUUUUCAUCUUUCAGACCGACGAAGAAUUUGAGCGACCGAACUCGAAAAGAUCUGGCCGAGCUCUCGCCGGCCGUGGCAGCAUGGCCAACCUCAGCGGUUUCCGCAAAGAAUUCGUUAACAAUGUUGGUCAUUUUUCCAAAUCAUUUGAGAACUUUGCUUCUAGAAGAACUUUCGUACAUUCUGAAGGUCGAAGAGAAUGGAAUUCCGAUUUUCCCCGCUUAUGCGUUUUCAAGCUUUAAGUUUUCUUCGAGCUUCGAUUUCUCUGGAAAUUUUUUGAAAGUUCGAUUCAUUUGAAUGUGAAAAAACUUUGAUCACUGCGAAUUCUUAAAAUUCUGCUUGAAUACUUUUUGAACUUCUAAAAAGAUGUUUUUUUUUCUACAUUUCUCAAAAUCCUUGAAUUUUUUUGUAUCAACCUUUCUUUGUAACACUGAAAUUGGCGAGAUUUUUUUCUUGAGUAGCGACUUGGUGAAAAAAAUUUUUUUUCAAUUUCAUAUGUAUCCUAGUUUUUUCAAUUCAAUUUUUUUAGGUUGAGAAAUCUUCAGUCAAAGGAAGUUCAGGGAAAAAAAGGAUUUGAAGGAAAAUGUCUUCACUUAAUUUUUGACUAUUUUUUUACAACAAAAAAAUCUACUAAUUUUAAAACGAAAACUAUCAAAAAAACGUAAUAUUUGGAUUCGGAAAAAGAACCUACAGUAUCAAAUAUUGAACUAUCUCGUGUAUUCUGAAAUCUUCACCUUCUUUUUCGAUUCCUAAGUAUUUCUAUGAUUUUUCUCCAGUUCAUGGGCCCCGACGGCGUGCUUCUUGUUCAUUUCGUCCGCGCCAAAGCCGGAACACUACGUUGUCGCGAAAUUUUGAUCAAAGUCUGGAAUCAAUACGCAGAUGAUCACGCCAUCUUUGUAUGAUGAACCAAUUAAAAUUCAAUCAUUUUCAUUUGUUUCAAAGGUGAGCGCCAAGGUCCCGCAGCCGAUUGUGCCGCCGCUCACCAACAAAGGCCAAAUGGGCGAUUAUUCGGGUUUUAAACGUCAGAAAAAAUUCGAAACAAUCAUUUUUCAGUUCCCGAGUUCAAUUUUGGUGAUGAGACCCUUCCGUUGAAAAAUGUCGAGAAAGAAAAGUUUUAA